GAAAAGAAGAAGAAGACAAGUUUCUUGAGGUUAUAUUUCGGUUGUCAUUUUAUGUUUAUAAUGUAAACAAAAUAGUGUGUUUUUUAAUGAAAUACAAACAAUACGUUGUUUUAAUUAGUUUUUAAGCAUAAAAAUUACCGAAACCGGUAAAAUGUCGUCUACUUGGAACGGUGAAUAUUACAUCGCUUUAGAAUGUAAAGAUUUACAAGCUAAUGCAAUGGCGAUUGACUCCACAGGAAAUAUCGUUUUACUCGCUGGUCGGAGAUAUUUAGCGAUAAGAAAUUUGGAAGAUUGUGGAAGUCCAGAAUUUCAAAAAUUUCCCAGACAAAGUAAAUACGAUGUCGGUGCUGCCGAAUGGAAUCCCACGCAUUACCACAAGGAAUUGUGUGUUAUUUCAAGUAAUCAAAGAUUGGACGUUCUUACUUGGAGGUUAGACGAGCUCAUAGCCACGUUUUCAGUUCGUGCCCAUACACGAGUUAUAACCGAUUUAAACUGGCAUAAAUUCGAUCCUAACCUUCUAGCUUCGUGCUCAGUUGAUACUUUUAUUCACCUUUGGGACCUCAGAGAUUCCAGAAGACCGACUUUGUCGUUAUCUGCUAUAGCUGAAGCAUCCCAAGUUAAGUGGAAUAAAGUUUCUACACACCUUCUAGCUACAGCUCAUGAAGGUGAUAUCAAAAUUUGGGAUCAGAGGAAAGGUACUGCACCCGUACAGUAUAUAGCCGCACAUUUAUCCAAAAUACACGGUCUUGAUUGGAGCCCUACGUCCGAAAAUCACAUUUGUUCAUCCAGUCAAGAUAAUACUGUGAAAUUUUUCGAUACCACUAACCCUAGAAGGGCGGAAUGUGUGUUAACUACCAACGCCCCAGUCUGGAGAGCAAGAUAUACCCCGUUCGGUACCGGUUUAGUCACCGCGGUGGUACCCCAAUUAAGAAGAGGGGAAAAUAGUUUGUUAUUGUGGAAUACUGCUAACCGCGCAACCCCCAUGCAUACUUUCGUCGGUCACCGCGACGUAGUGCUGGAAUUUGAAUGGAAGAAACAGACCCCCGGGGAUUCUAACUUCCAACUCGUCACGUGGUCCAAAGAUCAAACUUUAUUGGUGUGGAAAAUCGAGCCUUUCAUUCAGAAGUUGUGCGGCUACGAACCUGUUGAUCCAAGGGAAAGAAAUGAUUUGGGAAGAGACACCGUGGACAGUUUUAAGCUGUUUAAAAAAGCUUCUCCGAAAAUUCAGCCUCUGCAGCAGGAAUUUUCUUUGCUUAAUGUACAUAUUCCUAAUUUAGUUAUAAAAAGAAUGGAUUCCAUAGCUCGAUAUGUGUUAGUUAGUGCUGCUGUGAAUAAUUUCAAUGUUCAUUUAAAGGUUAGUUUUCCCAGUGCUUAUCCACAUGGGGUACCACCAGGAUUUGAAGUUAUCAAAGAAGGCUCAAACAUAAACGAAUCAAUAAUAAUUCAACUUCUACAAAUGUUGAAACACUUAGCCCAACAAAGGGUAUCAAAAAACAGAACGUGCUUAGAACCGUGCUUAAGACAAAUGGUAACUACUUUAGAACAACUGAGCACCGACAACGAAAACAAUCGACUCUACAACAGACCCUACCUCGAACCAUCGAGCCUCUUUUCCGGCUAUAACGACGCCUACAUACCCUUCCCGAGGACGUCGGGGGCGAAGUUCUGCUCGGUAGGAACAUUAGUUUGUUUCAACAGACCGAUGUUUUCGCGACGAUUGUCCACCAAAAUGGACGCGACUCCGCGAAUCGUGCCGACCACCCCCAGAGCCCUAUCGGCCUUGGAAAACAUCUACUCGAAACGAAACGACGACAUGACGGUUUCCGCUUUCUAUUACCAGAGACAGAGGUCGAGGGUUAAACAGAAUUAUUCGAAAAUCACCAAAGCCGUCGUGCAUAUUUACGAUACUAUGGGCCUGUCGUUCGUCAAUCGACAGUUGGCCGAAGAAUAUAUUUUGGACGGCGACGUCGGGACUAUCUGUAAACACAACGCGGCCGCCGCAGCGGUCGUCGGUCGGUGGGAUCUCGUGCAAGCUUGGACUUUAGCGGAAUUGGUCGCCGGGCCUCAACAAGCCGACGAAGAAAAUCUGUGGAACAAUCAUCCGUUCGGAAAUAAACUCAUGCAAUCAUUAAUUUCGCAUUACGCUUCUCAACACGAUGUACAGAUGGCGGCGAUGCUGUGUUGCAUUUUUGGUAAAGAACACGACGUAUCGAGUAGAAAAUCAUCUUUAAAAUCCCUCUUACCUCAAUCUCAAUUAGUGCCUGGGAAAAAAUGGUUGAAGUCUGAAGGUUCUCCUUAUCACACGAUCCCAUCGGCGGACGUCGUAGCUGACGGUUGGGUAUUGCCCAUGAUGCGAACGACGCGAUCCUCGUCGUUAGACAAUUUGACUAUCGAAGGCCCCAUCCGAAUACCCCCCCCAAAAACGAUACCGAACUCAAUGUACGAAUAUUACAAACUCGCUUACGCCGAAACGUUACACAGAUGGCAACUGAUCUACAACCGAAUCGAAGUUCUCAAGUACAUGAGCGUCGUACCCGAACCGCACAAAGGCGUCGAGUUCGUUAGCGAAUGUAAAGACUGUUUGAAACCGACCAGAUUCGGUAACUGCAAAACUUGUAGAAAGUUGACGAUGAAGUGUAUCGUUUGCGAUAUAUCCGUUAGAGGGUCUGCUAAUACUUGCGCUUACUGCGGUCACGGGGGUCACACGAAAUGUCUCAAAUGGUGGUUUUCGUUCAAAGACAUCUGUCUAACGGGAUGCGGGUGUAAAUGUUUGAUAGAGGCGGCGGAAAUAUUCACCGCUUAGUCGACAAAAAAAAAUAUGUGAUAUUUCUUUAAAAAUAUAUUUAUGAAAACAAA